AUCGUGUUUUGAUCCGCAGUUAUUCACCAGCGAAAAAAAGAACAGACGCGCUUUUGAAGGAACAAAGAAAGGAGGUCGGGGCAGAAAUCAUAGGCGGCCACCUGUGCUAAUGAGCUAUCUAGCUUGCUUCGAACACCUGGCUGUGUACGCAACAGUGGGGAGGAAGUGUAGUUCUUCAACUGGAGAAACAACUUCUGUGCAAUACUCACCAAUGAUGAGAAUAGCUUGAAAUCCACAAUCCCUCAGCCAAGAUGUCAAAAAGGCCAUCUUAUGCACCUCCCCCCACCCCAGCCCCCACAACUCAAGUGCCCAACACCCCUGGGUUUGUGGGGUACAACCCAUACAGCCAUCUGGCCUACAACAACUACAGGCUGGGAGGGAAUACCGGCAGCAACAACAGGAAUUCCUCAGGAGUCACUGUUCCCAAGCCGCCCAAACCGCCAGACAAGCCGCUGAUGCCCUACAUGCGGUACAGCCGGAAGGUAAGCAGGAAGGUCUGGGACCAAGUCAAAGCCUCCAAUCCGGAUCUGAAGUUAUGGGAGAUUGGAAAGAUUAUUGGUGGCAUGUGGAGGGACCUCACUGAAGAGGAGAAGCAGGACUACUUGAACGAAUAUGAAGCGGAAAAGAUUGAGUACAACGACUCCCUGAAGGCCUACCACAACUCACCGGCUUACCUGGCCUACAUCAAUGCCAAGAACCGUGCCGAGGCGGCUCUGGAGGAGGAGAGCAGACAGCGGCAGACCCGCGUUGAGAAGGGAGAACCUUACAUGAGCAUCCAGCCUGCUGAAGACCCAGAUGACUAUGACGAUGGGUUCUCCAUGAAGCACACGGCCACCGCUCGCUUCCAGAGGAACCACCGGCUCAUCAGUGACAUCCUCAGUGAGAUUGUGGUGCCAGAUGUGCGCUCUGUCGUCACCACUGCACGCAUGCAAGUCCUCAAGCGCCAGGUCCAGUCCCUCAUGGUGCACCAGAGAAAGCUGGAAGCAGAGCUGCUGCAAAUAGAGGAUCGGCACCAGGACAAGAAGAGGAGGUUCCUGGAGACUACAGACUCUUUCAAUAGUGAGCUCAAACGGCUGUGCGGUCAGAAGGUGGAGGUAGACAUGGAGAAGCUUGCAGCAGAGAUUGCUGCGGCAGAGGAGACUGCUAGGCGGCGGGCGGAGGAGAGGGAGAAGGAAGCGGCGGAGCAGGCAGAGAAGACUGCCCAGGAACAGCAAGAGCAGCAGCAGGCAGCAGCAGACUCCGCUUCAUCUACCCUGCCCAUCACUGAACAGAACAACACCACCCCACCAACCACAGAGACCAAGGAGGACCAGGACAAGCCAACCCCUAUGGAGACAGAAGAGACUCCUACAUCAGAGACAUCUGAGACCCAUCCUGAGGCUGAGGAGGGCACACCAGCUGCAGAGAAGCAGCAGGGCCCGCCGGUGGAGAGCGUCACGGACGAGGGAACCAGUGACAGCACCGCCCCAUCCGAAAGCAGCACCGGACCCCCUGCAGACCUCCCUGCUUCAGCUGAGCCUGCCCCAGAGGAACGCCCAGCCAGCCAGCCCUCCCUCCCAAUAGCAUCUCUGUAGAAGGGCACACCUCUCUCUGAGCACACCCUCUAACCUAUAGACUAGGGCCAUGUUUUGUGGGCACAGUGCUGCAUAUCAAAAAUAUUGGAAUGUAUAGAAGGGGUUUCAUGGGUAGAGAUGUCCAUAGUUUUGUACAUUCUGUAUGUUAUUUGCGAUGUCGUGCAACCCUGUGCCCAUUUAAAUAUGACCCUGUGAUGUUCUUCCACCAUCCCCACACUCGGUUUGUGUGUUUGACAUUUCUAUUGAUCUUGCAAUGGACCUCUGGAUUCAUACCACAAGCCAACAGUUCCUCUUUAGCUAUUUGCUAUUGGCGUUGAUAGAACAGGGAAGGGCCUUGGCCAAAUUUAUUCCACACCCAAUUGACUCGGUUUGUGUGUUUGACAUUUCUAUUGAUCUUGCAAUGGACCUCUGGAUUCAUACCACAAGCCAACAGUUCCUCUUUAGCUAUUUGCUAUUGGCGUUGAUAGAACAGGGAAGGGCCUUGGCCUAAUUUAUUCCACACCCAAUUGACAAUGGUUUUUACAUGCUAUUUUUGUUGCCUAUUUUUAUCUAACUUUUAGUUAGUAAUCAAUAUGGUGUGGACUGUUAGUGAUGGAUUAAAUUCAUAAUUCAUAUGAAAUGGCCAGUCCUUGAAUAUCACCUAUUAUAUCACAGCAAAUGGAUGAUUGUGAACUGUUUUACAUGAGCUGUUUGCAACUGCACGGCUGUCAAACCCUGUUGCUGUGUAUCACCACUAGAGAAAUGGUCAUGAUGAACCUCAGAUAAAACCUCACGCUUUCAAAUGACUGUUUUUACUUGAAUUUGAAUGAUUUUAGUAUGCCUCUGCGAUUUGCAUCUUUUUUUGUACUGUCAAGCCUCUUGCCCAAAUAAAAGUAAUUUCUGUCUUUCGGA